AUGUCUCUAGUAAUGCAAUGCAAUGACCCGGUUGCCCGAAAAUCCCGAAACUCGGGGAAACAACGGUCCCGAGGUUGUCUCGCAGAUUGGAUGAAUCGUGACAUCACCGCCCCAGCGCGCGCCCAACAAGCAACCCCCGUGGAAGCUACCGUCGUCCGUCCCCCUCCACUCGCGGAAGAAUGGCCGUUGGGCGCGCCAAUAAUGGGCGGGUUGCAUAUGAUGGGUCUGCCAGAUAUUACUGUGAGUUGA